UCUGGGCCACAAAGCAUUGUAUUGAGCCCAAACCAUGUGCCUGCCAGUGCCAUACAAAUGCAGUUAUGCAUUAUGCACCAUCUGAAGUUCCCAAUCUAUCCUCGUGUAUUUUGGUGUUGAUAAACUCACUAGAAGGGCAAAAAAGUCAUUUCAUUCAAACAGUCCCGAAUUUCCCUCUCAAACCCAUUCGCUUGCCAUUCCCCAAACCACAGGCAAAACAGCCACCGCCACUUGUUUCCUCACUAAUGUACCAUGUUUGGCCUCUUUAUAUAUAGGCUCAAACUCGGAUUGCAAGUGCUUCAUCAUCAAAUCAUAAAAGUAUUAAACUCCUCUCCUCAAAUAGACCAAGAACGACGACAACAAAAACAGCAAGAUGAGUUCGACAAGCAGAGCAUGGAUUGCGGCCGCGAGCGUCGGAGCCGUGGAGGGGUUAAAAGAUCAGGGAUUCUGCAGGUGGAACUACACCAUGAGGUCGAUACACCAGCAUGCCAAGACUAAUCUCCGGUUCUUCCCGCAGGCCAAAAAACUGUCUCCUUUGUCAUCGGCCAUGGUUUCGCGGGAGGAGAAGGCCGGAGAGGCGGAAGAGUCACUGAGGAAAGUUAUGUACUUGAGCUGUUGGGGUCCAAAUUGAGAUCAAUCAAUCUCUUUCAUAGCUCAAUUUUUCUGCUUUUCAUUCUCUUUUAGUUUUUCCCUUUUUUGGGGAGUGACAUAUAAUGUAGCCGAUUCCAUGAAAUUGCAUGGAAUUAAGAAUUGUAAAACCCAAGUUGAUAACAAUUUCAUGGGUGGUAAUUUUGGGACAAUGUCAAAUAGAAGGCGGGCGGGGAAACCUGCACUUUUCUGGUCA